CUCCAUAUGAACCUGGCAGAGGCAGGCAGGAACACCCAGGGGACAGCUGGAGUGGCUGAAAUGUCACCUGCAACUUUCCAGCUCUUCACUUCCUUAAUUCUUCAAAUCUAGCACUUUCUGGUCUCUAUUAUGGAUUGUCAAGCUAUUCUGCAGUGCUGCAGUUUGAAUCACAGGACGUUCUCAGGCUGUCAUGAUGCAGCUGUGAUCUGUGAUCUGCACUGGAGUACAGAACAGGACCACUCCAAAGUCAAUGACUUCUGGCAUAAGAAAGCUGUUUAAAAAAAAUGUCUUUCUGCUGAGGAAGAAUGCAAAAGACAUGUUUCCCACAAGAAGGUAAGUUCAAGGAGCACUGUUCACUUGACAUCAAGUGAGUUCUCACUUAUGAGUGAAAAGAGUUUUCAGAAGUUUCUCUCUUCCUGAAGACCCCAGCUGCUAAUUUUGAUGCUUUAAAUGCAGUAUUUUUUUUCAUGUAAAUGCUUUUCUCAAUCUUGUGGUAAACAGAAUAAACUGACAGAAUGCUUUCCUGCACUAAAGUAUAAAAAGUCAACAAACCGCCAAAAAGGGAAAUUGUCUUUCUUCCACUCUCCAUCUGCUGCAGGCAGCUGAAGAGUAACUUAUAGCAACCGUAGAUUAGGAAAAAAAUGCACAUUGCUAUAGAAAUUGCCAACAGUAGACUCACUUGGAGAGCUUGGCUUUAUUUGUAGACAUUUCCAAACAUUAUUUGUUCUUUUCAGGGUCUAUUUCAAAAUCCAUCAAAGCCAGAGACAAGACUUCCUGUAACUUCAAUGCCUUUGGAGCAGAUUCACAGGGGAGAGCCUGUGGCACCCUCAGCCCUGGCAUUUUUAGUAUGUUCAUGUAGUCAGAUUUCCAGUAGCAGAGAAAGAACUGGACAACACUACCAAAGACAGUCAUCACAAAAGUGAGCUCCUACUGGAAAUGUCUGCAUCACCAAGCCAGUACAUUUAAGUACAGUCUCCUUCAUCAUGCCUGUGCUUUCAGAAACAGGCUGUGUUUUUCAUAUCUAGAAGGACAAAGUGGGAGGGCUGGAUGCCAGUUGCUGUGAAGCCUGGCAAGUCAGCAGGACUGCCAAGAAAGCAAGGGAGAAGAAGCAGGGAGUCUGGAGAAAGCGUCAUGCAAACAUACAGUGGCCAACUAACAGAAGAGCAGCUGCCCUCAGCUCUGACUGCUGCAACAGUUUGAAUAUUAAACACUUAGAUUGUGUGUUCCCAAGCUGAAGCUUGUGAAGUUUUGUAUGGGGCCUGAAAGGGACUCCUAAUUUGCAGACACCCGCAACAGAAGCAGCUGAUAAUCAUAGUUACAGUCUCAUCCAGGAAAAGGAUGGGUGUCUGGGCCAAUUAGCUAAUUAGAAUAUGGAUUGGCCUUCUCCAGAGCUGGGAAAUCCAGUCCAAAUAUUCACAUCUUAGCUGCUCCAUAAGCUCUCCCUAUUAAUCAGUCAGAAAUUCAUGUGGGAUCUGCUCCAAGGGUUCCAUAGCUGAACUCUUGAUUUACAGGUGUGGUGAGAAGGAAGACAUCCAACAUACUGUAUUUUCUUCUUUCCUCUCAUCCCCCACCAUUUUCCUACCCAUUAAACACUUUCUGACUAACUUUAUCUUGAAAUAAUAGUCUGAUAAUAGUCUUGCUUUGUCCAGCAGAACAAGACAGCCAUAAACAGGAGGUCCAGAAAGGUCUUGGGAUUGAAGUUCAGUCUUGGAUGUUGACUGGAUGCAGUGCUUGCAUUUGACUUUGGCAGAAAGCUUUGGAGCUGCACUGGCACUCUGCAGGGAUGGGCACUGCCUUCAGCCCAGCAGUGCAGUGCAGGAGGCAUUUCUGCAGCGCAGGAAUCCAGCAAACACCGCAGAGUCCUCUGUGCCAUGGUAACUGGCUCACUGACCCAUGUCUAAAUAUAAGUGCAUGUUCUUUCGGUUUUGGGUUAGUGGUAUAAAUUAAUAAUAAUGGCAUCAAGCUCAAAGGAGUUAAUGCCAAGGACAGGAGGAUCACAAUAGCUAAAAUCCUCAUUUGUACUGUGCUUCUACUAAGCUGGUGGCUUUGUAAACCUGAUGGAUAUCUUUUAUAAGGAAGUUGCAAUGCAUUUAGAGAUUUCGGCUCCUAAAUGUAGCUGGGCUUGCUUCCCAAAGUCCAUCAGCAGCCUUUGGAAUGUGCAAAUAGAGCUCUCAAGUAGUUCUGAUGAUUAAGGCAAUAUUUUCAUCUUUCCUAAAUCAUUGGUUUAAGUUAUGGCCUUCUCUUCUGCCUCCCAGCAAUAUAAAUACUGUAGCUCCAAAUAGUUGAGCAGCUUAUCUUUUAAGGGAUGAUGGGAGCACUUCACCUGGUGUGUAGAAUUCUAAGCAGACACAACAGCUCAAAAUCAAGCUUACUUGGAACAGCUGAGAUGAAUCUGCACAUGCAUAAACAGGAGGGCAGGAUGGAUAUGAUACAAUAAUUGUAGACAUUACAUUAGCAUCUAAAAGAAGUACGUCAAACAAUAAUUAUUACAUAUAAAGCGAUCCAGACCAAUUAAAUAUAUCUAGAGAAGCAGUGUGUUUUCCCAUCCCAUAACUCCUUGUGUUUCUCAUUUUUCUUAUUCUCACUAUUGUAUCUCUUUGCUGUUGUAAAGAUCUCCCAACUUUAAUGUUCACACAAUGAAGCCUUUGAUGUAGGAGCUUUAUCUCACUUUUCCAUGUGUUCAACAGUAGCAUAUAUCAACCUUAUCUUCUCUGUUCAUGAGGAAAGCAAUAAUUUAAAGUCUUCUCCUCAAACUGAUCUCACAAGUGAUGUGACAUUUGUACAAUAGAGCUCACAAGGGCCAUUGCAGGGGCUUAGCAUCAGCACAGCACCCCCCAGACGCAAUCACAAUUAUAUAUUAGAAGUUCUGUUCUGUUCCAUGCUCUAUUGCUGCUGUUAUGGAAAACAGCAAAGAAGAAGGAGAAAUGCUGAUGAUGUGACAAGGAUAUCUCAAGCUUUUGAAGAAGGCAUCAAAAGGAGUGGUGCCCUGGAAAGCAAGAUGAGUGUGAUGCACAGCACUGAGCUGAGAAUGUGGCUGGGGGUCACAGUUCUGAUUUCUCUUGCUGUGUGCUUGGCUGUGGAGGAAGCAACUGAUGAAGGAAUACCUUGUUCAAAGUACCAGCAAGCUUUCAACCAUUCAUGCUAUGAGUUUGUUAGACUCCAGCAAACCUUCACAAGUGCCCAGAGCUGGUGUGAGAGAGGAGGAGGGCACCUUGUCUUUAUUCAAAAUGAGGACACUCAAGAGUUCUUGCAAAAACAUAUUGCUGAGGACCAGGAAUGGUGGAUAGGACUGAUCUCAAACUCCUUGCUGAAUGAAACUACUGAAGGGUCAAUAACUUGGCUGGACACUUCAAACAUAAGCUACAGUAAAUGGUACAAGGAUCAGCCCUCUCCCUUCUCAUCCACGUGUGGGUACAUCCUGAAGAAUGCCAAGUAUCAGUGGGGCGUGACUGAAAAUUGCAGCCAGGAAUUUUACUUCAUUUGCGAGUUUGAUUCUGGCCAGAGCAUUGCUUGUGAUAGUUACAAUGCCACUGUACAGUGUGGAUCAGGAGAAGUUAUUCAAGUUGAAGAGAGCUUCUACGGGCGGAAGACCCCUCACUACUGUGUGCCAGAGACUCCUCUCCAGUUUGAAACAGAUGAAGGCUGCAGCUGGAUCAGUGUCAAGGAUGAAGUGGCAGGCCAGUGUCAUGGUCUGCAGGCCUGCCAGGUGGCAGCAGAUGGCACUUUCUUUGGAGAUCCUUGUCCAGCUUUGGGAAGCUAUUUGUCUAUUCAAUACCACUGCAAAAAAGGUCUGCAGCUGGUUAUGACAGACACAUGUUUUGUCUUUGAAAAUAUCACGGUCACUUUGAACUGGCUGCUCUCACCAUACUCUGGGAACCUUUCCUGUACCAUUAGCACUGGGGAUGGUUACACUAUUGAUCCUUACUACCCUCUAACACUGGUCAGCAACCUCACAUACAGGUACUCCUCUGCUGGGGAGUUUACAGUUUUUGUGGAGUGCACCACCAGCGAGUGGCACGUGAUGGCACAGAGGCAGGUGACUGUUCAAGAUCAGGUGGAUCAGCUCAGCAUUUCUGGGUGCUACAGCCAGUAUGAAACAGGGAACAGCUCCCACUGCCGUACCCUGUAUGGGGAGGUGUUGUGGAUCCAAGUUCAGCUCAGUGGAGGCAAUGGAGUAACCUACAGCAUGUUAGCAGAUAACAUGACACUGACUGAAUCCAGUGCAGAGGAAGGUCUUGUCCCCCAUAACCUGACACUCAACAGUGCUUCCCAAAAGCUGAUAGGCCCAGGGAUGCACUGGCUGGAAAUCCGAGCAUCGAGGAACGCGACGCCAUCAGAGAUCUCCAGGAGUAUUGCUGUUCAUUUAAUUGAACCAGUAUCUGGGAUUCAGGCUGCAGUAGCUUCCCACACUCUGCAGCUGGGGGAGGAUUUGGAGGUGAAUGUCUCUGUGUCCCAUGGUGCCCCAGAGCAGCUGAUGUUUGAGGUGAUUGGAUCCAACCAAACCCACUGUCACAGAGCAGACAGCCCUCGUGGGGAGCUGCAGACGUACAGCGUUCCUGCUCCGUCAGAAGGUACUUUCCAAGUGAAAGUGGUGGCCAUGAAUGCCUUCUCAAAUGUGAGUCUGGAUCUUGGAUUCGUCACUGUGUUGGCAAAUGGUUCCCAUAAAAAAGAUUCUGCUAAGGAAGAAGGCAUCUACAAAACAAAUAUCCAAAAGAAAAAUGAUCACAGAAUAUAUAUUAAACCGAGCCGCCAUGUGGAUCCUCUCACAACUGUUACACUUGGCUGGCCAGACAACAACAAUAAUUCCAGUUUUCUCUGGACCUGUGGAGCUUGUUGGCCUGCCUGGAAUGAAUGUGUGAAGCAACAGAUAAUCCUAAUCAACCAAAGUGAGGUGCAAAUCCCACCUUCCUGCCUUCCUCCUCCAAAAUCAGCAGUGACGGUCAGGAUUACUGUCCGAAGCCAUGGCAGUGAAGAGAGGCAGGAUGAGCAAUGUCUCUAUGUGACUGCAAAACAAGAACUGCAACUGGAAAUCAGGUGUGAGGCAAACUGCAAUCCAGUGAAUGUUAGUGAUGAAGUUGUUUUGAGUGUGUCUGGACAGGAGGACUCCCACACCAUAUCUUAUAACUGGUAUUUAGAUAACACAUUCAUAAACAAGGUGAGAGCACCAGAUUUGUCAGAAAUACUGCACACACGGGGUGCCUGGGUUGGGAGGGGUUAUAAUGAAAGGCACCAAACUGCCACCCUGCUCCUGAUAAAUCACAACAGGAAAAACAGCAAAGAGCCUCUACUGCCAUGUGUUCUUUUCUGUCUGAUUUUCCAGUCUACAACCCUCCCUCUAGCCUGUGGCCUGACUGGUUUCCAGCAGAACUCUUUGAAUUUGCUUCAAAGCAACACAUCUGUAUUGAGAAUUCCCAGCUCCUUCUUGCAGACACAGGGAGAAGCUUUUCAGAUUAAAGUAAGAGGUAGGGCCUUGCUGAUAAAUAUGAAGCAGAGCAGACAGCCGAGCGAUGCAGAGCGCUGGGGCACGGCCCUGGCUGAGGCUCCGCUCUCUCCUGUGCCAGGCACGACCCAGAGAGGCUACGGCGAGGGCUCGUUCCUGGUGAGCACCGUGCCCCCGCCCGCCCGCCCCGCCUGUGCCGUGAGCCCCGGGCACGGCUCCGUGCUCACCGCCUUCAGAGUCUCCUGCAGCGCUCCCGGCUCGGAGCGCUCGGGCCGCUCCAGUCCUAGCGGGCAGCUCACAUAUUGCUUCUAUGAGACACCCAAUUCUCUCCUGGAUUGUAGCCCGGAUCCUGAACUCUUCCCAGUUUAUCUUCCGCUUGGAGAAGAGGAAAAUAAUUUUAUUUUACAUGUGACAAUCAUUGUUAGCAACAACUUCGGUGACAGAGUUCAAACAAAUGCUUCAGUGAAGGUUGGACCUACAGAUAUGAUGGAUGGGAACCUGACCCUGCAGGCUGUGAUAUCUGAGAAGGCAAACACCAUCCUAAAAGAUGGGAACAACAGCAUGAGUCUUUUCCAGCUGUACAAGUCAGUAACAUCUGUACUUAAUCAGCAGAUCCAGGAGGAAAGUUUUAACAUGUCUUUACAGACAAAUACACGAAAAGAGCUCCGAGGGCUGAUGCUGACAACUCUCUCUGUUGUUAACAUAACAUCAAUGCAGACUGCUCUGAAGAUGUCAGAGGUAUUGAAAGAAAUCACUUACAGGAGUGAAGAGCUGUCUGUCUCAGCACAGGUGGAAGCCAGCAACACUCUGAAACAUGUCAGUGCCUCCUUGCUCGCUGUGAACACAGAGCACAGCAGAGAUGGUCAGGAGUUAAAGGAAGCAGCCAACUAUCUGUUUAAUGCAGUGAGCAAUGUUCUUAAAGCUUCUGUAGAAAUCAGAGCUGGGAACACUUCAGUGCCAGAGGCAGAACAGAGUUCAAUGUCACACCAGCUCCUGAGCACAGUUGAAAAUCUCCAGAGUGCCCUUUUGUUUGGGAAGGCACCGGGUGAUGAGCCAACAGUCCUCACCUCUCCCUCUGCCACAAUGUACAUGCACAGAUUACAAACAGAAAACAUGGAUGGCACAUCCAUUAACAUCUCCAAUUCCAGCUCUGCCAGUUUUACUCUCCCGCCUGCUUCCUCUCUCAACGUUCCAGGAGUUGAUGGUGAAACAGUGGAUAUAAGGAUGGUGAGCUUUGCCAUGAAUCCCUUUUUCUCCAGUGACAGCAGUUUUGACAUCAGUGGAACAGUGGGAGGUCUAAGUCUUACUGGUCUGGAUGGUUUGAUCAUACCAGUCAGCAACCUCAAAGAGAACAUUGAGAUCAUGUUACCAAGGCUUUCAGUAACUCAGGAAGAUAAGGUUCUGUUGAAUCUGGGCAAUUAUAGCACUUUUCAAGUCAAUGUUACCUCAGAAAACACAUCUGUAGUGAUCCACCUGGAAUCUGAACAUGACAUCCCACUAAUAUUUUACCUGGGGUAUGGUUAUCACCCAAAUGAAACCAACUAUGAUAUGAAAAAUCAUCUGUUUUAUAAGAAAACUUCUGGAGGUGAGACAAACAGUUGGGUUCUCAGCCCAGAAGAGCUCAUUUUUGGAGAGGGAACCUACUAUUUCAUGGUUUUACAAGAUACAGGAAUGGAUUCAAGAGUCUACAGUGGGCUAACCAUAAAUGCCACUUGCUUUGCAUCCCGCUGUGCAUUUUGGGACGAGCACCAGGGAGGCUGGAACAGCUAUGGAUGUCAUGUAGGACCAAAAACAAAUCCUAGCAGCACACAGUGCCUCUGCAACCAUCUGACCUUCUUUGGGAGCUCCUUCUUUGUCAUACCCAAUGCCAUAGAUGUCAGCAAAACAACACAGCUGUUUGGUACAUUUGUGGACAAUCCUGUGGUGGUGACAACUGUAGUAUGCAUCUUUCUGAUAUAUGUGCUUGUAGUUAUUUGGGCUCGAAGGAAAGACAUCCAGGAUGAUGCCAAAGUGAAAAUCACAGUCCUGGAAGACAAUGACCCCUUUGCUCAGUAUCGUUACCUUGUGACAGUUUUCACAGGACACCGCCGUGGCGCAGCCACAACCUCCAAGGUGACCCUCACCCUCUAUGGACUGGAUGGAGAAAGUGAGCCCCACCAUCUAAAUGAUCCUGAUACACCAGUCUUUGAACGUGGAGGAGUGGAUGUUUUCCUCCUCUGUACCUUCUUCCCUCUUGGGGAACUGCAGAGUAUUAGAUUGUGGCAUGAUAAUUCAGGUGACAGUCCGUCCUGGUAUGUGAAUCGAGUAUUAGUCCAUGAUCUGGCAUGGGAUCAGAAAUGGUACUUCCUCUGUAACUCUUGGCUAGCCAUUGAUAUUGGAGAAUGUGUCCUAGAUAAAGUAUUCCCAGUAGCAACUGAACAGGACAUGAAGCAGUUCAGCAAUCUGUUUUUCAUGAAGACCUCCAAGGGUUUCCAGGAUGGGCACAUCUGGUACUCGGUUUUCAGCCGCUCCCCACGAAGCUCCUUCACGCGAGCCCAGCGAGUGUCCUGUUGCUUCUCACUGCUCCUCUGCACUAUGCUGACCAGCAUCAUGUUCUGGGGUGUGCCAAAGGAUCCUGCUGAGCAGAAAAUGGAUUUGGGUAAGAUUGAAUUCACAUGGCAGGAAGUGAUGAUUGGCUUUGAGAGCUCCCUCCUCAUGUUCCCCAUCAACCUGCUCAUUGUGCAGAUCUUCAGGAACAUACGACCCCGGCCAGCCCAGCCGGGCAGAGAGAAGCCGGGAAAGAGUGGCCGAGUGUCCCCAAGCCUGCCUCCCACCCCAGGGGCCACCCAGGCUGCCUCUCUCACUCCAGAGGCUGUGACAAAGGAUAUAAGAAGAAUUGCCAACUCACUCUCUAAAGUCCUGAAGACUCCAUCUCUCACCUCAGCACCAGACCUUGAAAAAUCAAUGAAUAUCAACACACUCCUGUCAUUGGUUGAGGACAUCAUCUAUCAGCAGAACAGAGCUGGGCAAGGGUUUUAUGAUGAGAGCAAGAAGGAUGGCCCCAUAAUUGUCACGUUGGGUGCUAUGGAUAUCCAAGAAAAAACAAGAAGUCCAACUCCAGAGAACAGAACUUGUGACCAGCUGAAAUACAGUGAUUACCAUCGCUGCUUGUACAAGCAACUCCAGCAGGUAGAGAUGGAGCUGGAAUUACUGGGGCCCCAUAAAUUUCAGAUGCCUCAGAGUUACACACAAGCUGUUUGUCAGGUCCAGCACAUGAAGAACUUUCUGGAGAACCAAAUCUGCUCAUCAGCAUCCAUCACUGAGAGGUGGUUCCAUACUCCAAACUUGCCCAGUGAUGACAAGAAAAGUUCUUCUCCCAGAGGGCUGCCCUGGUGGUUUGUGUUCAUUGCUUGGUUCCUUGUGGCAGCCACCAGCGGUGUGUCUGGGUUCUUUACCAUGCUUUAUGGACUCCAUUAUGGCAAGGAGAACUCCAUCAAGUGGCUCAUCUCCAUGGUCAUCUCCUUCUUGGAAAGUCUUUUCAUCACACAGCCCUUAAAGGUGCUUGGAUUUGCUGCUUUUUUUGCUCUGGUUCUGAAAAACGUGGAACAUGAGGAUGAAGAAAACACAGCUAUUGAUGGGUCUUUAUCUGCACCAGGUGAUUCAUACCCUCUCUUUGGGGUCCGAAGGGACAGUGGAAGCAAUAUUUACCAGCCACCUGCUGCUGCUGAUGUGGAGAAAAUGAAAAUCAGCUGCAUGAAGGAGCAGAAAGCAUUUGCCCUCAUCAGAGAAAUCCUGGCCUAUCUGGGAUUUUUAUGGAUGCUGUUACUGGUUGCCUAUGGGCAGAGAGAUCCCAAUUCCUACUAUUUAAACAAGCAUAUUAAGGACAGCUUUACGGAUGGAUUCCACCAUGUCUACAGUUACCAGGAUUUUUUCACGUGGGCGAACACUACUUUACUCAAAAAUCUUUAUGGAUCAUAUAAAGGAUUCAUUACAGAUGGCAAUUCCAAGCUGGUGGGUAGCGCUCGAAUUCGCCAAGUAAGAGUGAAAGGAGACACCUGCCCUAUUUCUCCCAGACUCCAGCACAUAGUUGAGGAAUGCCACGCUCCAUACUCCCUACAAACAGAAGAUACAUCCAUUUAUGGGGAGCACUGGAAUACCUCAGUCUUUGAUAACUCCUCUGACCUGAGCUCAGCAUGGCAGUAUCAGAGUCAGACCAAACUGAGAGGACACCCCAGCUGGGGUAAACUUGCCAUCUACAGCGGAGGGGGAUAUGUGAUUCACCUGGGAACUGACCCUAUAAAUGCCUCCAGAAUUCUCCAAUACCUUUUCAACAACAUCUGGCUUGACACCUUCACAAGAGCAGUGUUUGUUGAAUUUACAGUCUACAAUGCCAAUGUGAACCUUUUCUGCAUUAUAAGUCUGAUGUUUGAAAGCAAUGCUUUAGGGGCCUUCUUCACAAGUGCAGAGCUGCAAAGUGUCCGGCUCUACCCCUACACCAACAGCCUCCACAUCUUUGUGGUUGCAGCAGAAGUCAUUUAUUUCCUCUUUAUUGUGUACUACAUGAUAGUACAGGGAAAGCUGCUGAAGAGUCUGAGAUGGAGAUACUUCCACAGCAAGUGGAAUCUCCUGGAGAUGGCCAUUAUAUUGAUUAGCUGGAGUGCUCUGUCAGUGUUUGUGAAACGGACAGUCCUUGGGACCCGAGACAUCAGCUACUACCAGGAACACAAGGAGGACUCCAUAAGCUUCAGUGAAACAGCGAGAGCUGAUGCCGUUCUUGGCUACCUGAUUGCAUUCCUGGUGCUUCUCUCCACAGUGAAACUGUGGCAUCUUCUGAGGCUUAACCCUAAACUGAACAUGAUCACAUCAACACUAAGGAGGGCAUGGGGUGAUAUCUCUGGAUUCAUCACUGUUAUUGCAAUCAUGUUCCUCGCCUAUUCCAUUGCUGCAAACCUGAUAUUUGGCUGGAAGCUCUACUCUUACAAAACGCUCUUUGAUUCAGCAGAGACCAUGGUCAGCCUUCAGCUGGGAAUCUUCAACUACGAGGAGGUCUUGGACUACAAUCCAAUUUUAGGCUCUUUCUUAAUUGGAUCCUGCAUAAUUUUUAUGACAUUUGUGGUACUGAAUCUGUUCAUUUCGGUGAUUCUGGUUGCUUUUAGUGAGGAGCAGAAGCAUUACCAGGCUUCAGAAGAAGAGGAGAUUGUUGAUCUAAUGAGCCAGGAGCUGGACUUCGAUCUUUGUGGGUCCCUUCCACCUCGGCCUGUUCUGCGAUUCUGGGGAAACGGCGUUGUGUUCACUCCCAAAGCGCUGCCGGCGUGUUAUUCUGGAGUAAUAGCUAAGAAAUAGGGGUAACCCUAAGGCGAAACGUCCCACGUGCACUUUCUUUAGACUUGGCGCCUGUAUUUAUUUAAUAAACAUCGAGCAGCUCUUGCA